UGCAAAAUGUUUUCAACAAAAUUUUAAAGCAGCUGUUGUUGUUUGCAAUGUCGCUACUGCAAACAAUUGCAAGACGGUUAUUACUAGUUGGCGCUAGCCCAAGUUACAAGCAACCGGAGCCAUUGUCAAGGCGUAAUAUCUGGGGAUAUGUAGCAGUUGCCUUUAAUCAAGUGGAUGCGGAUAGAUUGUCCAAAGUGGGACCCAAUCGUCUUUGUGCCGAGUGGAUAAUCAAGAACGGAGGAGGCGUUCGCUUCGUGGACAGUCCAAGUAAGUUGCGGAAGGACUAUAAUCUGUUGCCGCCUGAGAAUGUACCGCUGCGCAUUAAAGUUGUGGAUGCCACAAAUGCUUCGGUAAUGAAAAUUGGUCUGGCGCACUUCAAGGGCUGCGAAGAUAUUGACACUGUGAUCUUUCACAACUGCAAGCAUUUGGAAGGUGACAGUCUGGACGGUCUAACAUACCUAAAGAACAGCCUAACGCGUCUGCAGAUAUCUGGAUGCUAUAAUAUAACUGACGAAGGCCUGGCAGUCAUAGGCGAGCUGCGUAAUCUCAAGCAGCUUCUUAUAUUCGAUAUGAUAUAUGUGAAGCGACUGGAAGAAGUGGCAAAUAAGCUGAAACUCCACCUGCCAGGCUGUGAAAUACUAGCGUCUAAGCUUCCUGUGGCGCCCAAACAGUAAUUUGUUAUUUAUGAGAUACUUAUAUAAAAAGAGUUGAACAUUA